AUGAAUAGACAAUGCUAGCAUGUCUGGGUAUAGUGCUUUUCAUAUUCAGAAAUUGCAGCCUGGCGACCCGGGUAUGUCAUAAGUCGAGCACAAAGGGUAAAGACAAACAAGGAAAGGGAAGAAAUGAAGAUGAGGAAGAUCAAAAGGAUAUAUCUCUGGCAUUUCAGCUGCUUCCACAAGACAUAAGCAAAGAACUGUUGGAAAUGGAUAUUGAUGAAAUGCAAAGAAAAAUUAUUGAGAUUUUCAAGUUAAAUAACUGCACCAUUGAUCUGCGGGAAGCUGCACUUGCAGAUUACUACACAAGUGCUGUGUGGUGGGCUAAAGAGCAAGGGUUUAAUGAGCAGCAGAUGUCAGGAUUUUUCACAGCUGUUCACACUCUUCUUGAAAAUAUUAAAGAAAAACACAUGACCCUAGUGGAUAACAUGAAAAGCCUAAAACAGAUGUUGGUGGGUAUUGGAACAGAAAUUUCAACAGACUUUACUAAAGGUGGACUGGACUUUCUGGAUCUGGUACAGGCACAAGCGAUCAUUAAGUACAUUACUAACAGUUUAUUUCAACACUACAGACUCUAUGAAUACAUGUUUAGUAAUACACAGGCUGAAGAAAUUAUAGGACAUGAGAUUCAGAUCGCAGUUCCUAAAGCAGCAAACCUUCCCUUCCCACCCCCACUUGAUGAGGGCAUUGAAGAGGAGGUAAUCAACCUGUACCUCAAAGAAGCACUACCAGCACCAGCUUCCACAUCUGAUGAGACUUCAAAACCUGAGAAAACCCAGUUGACAGCACAAGAUGUGCAAGAAGUGGUUGAAAGUGUGGCAGCUGAGAUGCUUGGUAAUCUACAGCAUGAAGUAGCAGUGAAGCUACAAGAAAAGGAGAAUGCCAUCAUAACAAAAAUUAACAAAGUUCUUAAAGUUGCAUAAUGAAUGGACUGUAUCACUUGGAAGAUUACUCUAUAACCUGUACUUACUGUGAGGAGAAUUUUAAGGACUGCAAUUAAAAAUUAUGCUCAGUAUACUUUUCUUACCUUUUAAAAUGAUUUUAAAAAACCUGUUAAAAAUAUAACCUGAGACUAUUUCAAAUAAUAAAUUAUAUUAAAUUUAAA